GAUCUUUCUUUCAAUUAAAAAAGUCCGACGAAUUAUAUCGGAGUAUCGACAAUUGUCGCGGGUUAUAAAAUAAUCGGGGAAAAAUGCACGAGAAUCAUAGUAGACUGAUAUUAAUGCUCGGUUUUUUUUCCGUCCCGUUAAACGUCGGGGGAUAUCGAAUUCUCGGUGUAUUUCCAUUCCACGCUCCGAGUCACUUCGUGAUGUUCGAAACGGCGAUGAAAGGUCUGGCGUCGAGGGGACACCGGGUCGACGUAGUGAGUCAUUUUCCCUCGAAAAAGCCACGUGAAAACUACAACGACAUUAUAAGUCUGGCGGGAAAAUCUCAAGUUUUGACGAACAACGUGUCCUUCGAGGUAUUUCGAUCGAACGGAAUGGAAGAAUACGGUAUAGAUUUUAUCGGGAAUCAGGUUUGCGAUUUGCUGGGUAUACCGGAGAUGCAAAAUCUCAUAAAAAAUCCGCCGAAGGACCCUCCGUACGACCUCGUCAUCACCGAGUUUUUUUACGCCGGUUGUUAUUUCGCGUUCGGGCGAAGCCUGAACGCGCCAAUAAUAGCUAUGUCGUCUUCCGGAUUACUGCAUCACUCGGAAAAGGCUUUUGGAAAUCCUCCGGAAACGGCGUACGUGCCGUUGUUCAACGAAGGAUCGAUAAUGGGAAUGAAUUUUUUCGAGAGAUUCGAAAACUUCGUGUCAACGGUGGGUAUAAAUUUAAUAGUCAAAGACUCGACGGAGGUGCAGAACGACAUGGUGAAGAGGUAUUUCGGACCGGAUACGCCAGUCACGAGUGAAUUGGAAGAAGAUUUGUCAUUACUUUUGGUUAAUUGUCACCACAGUCUGAACGGAAUUCGCCCGACAACCCCGGCGGUCGUCGAGGUCGGGGGUCUCCACAUACAAGAAAAAGACAUAGAGCUACCGCAGGGGUUGAAAAAAUGGCUAGACGAAAGCACCGAAGGUUUCAUCUACAUAUCUUUCGGUACGAUACUGAAAGCUGAGACAUUGCCGAAAAAUAUUAUCGACGAAUUGUACUCGGGAUUCGAAAAAGUGAAACCGAUCCGCGUCCUCUUUAAAGUUUCAUCACCGGAAGAUCUACCGCCUGGUCUUCCGGACAACGUGUUAACGAUGAAGUGGAUUCCUCAGAUGCAAAUUUUGCAACAUAAAAACGUAAGGGGAUUCGUAACCCACUGCGGUUUGAUGGGAGUCCAAGAAGCGGUGGCUUUCGGUGUCCCGAUAAUUGGAAUACCGAUGUUCGGCGAUCAGCCGCGAAACGUUAAAAAUUGCGUAGAGAAGGGUGUCGCCGUACGUCUUGACUAUGAAAAUAUAACGGAGUAUAAUUUCGUGGGUGCCGUAAACGCCGUAGUUUAUGAUCCGAAAUACAAAGAAAACAUGAUGAAAUUAUCGAGUGAAUUUUUGGAUCGACCGACGGACCCGCUGAACACUGCGAUUUUUUGGAUCGAAUACGUAAUCGAACACGGAGGCGAUUCUCUCCGAUCGCCGGCCGUAAAAAUGACAUGGUGGCAGUUAGAGUUGCUCGACAUUUAUGCGAGUAUAAUCGUUGGCCUGAUUGUAUUUUCGUAUCUCCUCAAAUUCUUCCUGUCAAUUUUAAUUCGUCGAAUUUUUCGGAAAAAAAUAACUCGACCGAUUCAACUUGAUAAAAUAAAUUGAACGAUCUGAAAA